UGACAACGUGGAAUGGCGGUUUGUUUAUGUUUUGCCAAGUUGAUCUAAAUGGCUUCAUAUCAAACGACACGGGUUUUUACAGAGCUCAAAAACCGACAGCGAACAAUUUCGCCUAGGAAAACAGAAUAUGACAAUGAAAGAGGACAGAGUGACCCCUUGUCUCCAACUGACCGAGACAUUCGUGUGACGGCGGUCGGCGAAGUGUCUCUACCCCCAGAUCGCUGCCGAAUUACCAUCCAAGUAACAAGCAAGAAAGAAAGCCCUCAAGAUGCAAAGAACAGUGUAUCCAGGCGGCUAGAUUAUAUUAUUCAAUCACUCCAAAAUCAUUCAGUAAAGGAUAGUGACAUUCAGACCUACAAACACAUGACACGAGUGGAUUGCUUGUAUCAUAUGUGUGUUGAACUACGGGUACAGUUUGCUGAUCUUCACAAGUGCCAAACAGUGAGCAAUCUGUUGGUUGAAAAACUGGACGAGACUGUACAUGUUUCUGUUCCAGAAAUGUUUCAUGCCAACACUAGCCUAGAGAGUCUGAGAAAGCAAGCCAGUUUGGUUGCUAUUCACAAUGCCAAGCAAAAGGCUCAGGAGAUGGCUCGGUUUGUUCACAUGUCUGUGGGACGAGCCGUGUACAUUGAGGAACAGGAGUCAAGGGAGUGGGAUGGCAGUCAGGAGAACACAGAACCAGAGAAAUCGUCGUCCAUCCAGCAGCAGAUUGCAGACGCCACUGUCACUGUUAGCAGUCGGGUGUUGGCCGCUUUUGAACUCAAACCAAAGAUUAAAAAACUCAUGAAGUAGUCCAUGGAAGCUGGUUGUGUUGGAUAAUUCCGUCCUUUUCAGAUAUCUGACGCUGCUAAACAUCAGUCUUCUCACAGUGUGGCUGGCAUUAUGUUCACAGUUGUACCGUGUGAUUAUGAAGUGUUCUUGAACAGGUGUAACAGUUAUAAAGCUAUUCAGAUGUGAUAUUUAGUAAAGAUUGGCAGCCUAAAAUACAGAGUGCAAAACUAAUGACAUUAUGUUUUACCAUUAAACAUGCUCUAAUGACAUGAUAAAGUUUUGGGGAUUUUUUAAUCUGUCAUUGAAAAAUAAGUUUUAACUGAAGUUAGUUUGCUGUUUACUUUUAAAGUAUUUCACUGUGAAAAAAAAUCCAUUAAGGAUUAUCCUUUAAUAGAUUACAGUCAUUAGUAUGUGAUGAUGUUCUAGUUUUGAGAGAUGUGGAGAGUUAAAAAAGUUAUUUUUAUUUUUUAACAACACUACUAGAGAACAUUGAUUUAUUAAUAGUCAGCUAUUGGAUGUCAAACAUUUGGUCUUAGAGAGGAAACCCACUACAUUUUCCCAUUAGUAUCAAGGGAUUUUUUUAUAUGCAUCAGCUCACAGACAGGAUAUCACAUACCACGGCAUUUGAUAUACCAGUCAUGGUGCACUGACUGGAUUGAGAAAUAGUCCAGUGGGCUUAUGAACUUAGGAAAUACUUGUUUCUCAGACAUUCUUUUCGAAAAGCCUCAAGAUAUUGAUUUGAAAUUUUGAGUAUAGCUUUAUCAUGUAUUGUUACAGAUCAAGUUUGACUUUCGUGGCGAUUUACCCAUUUGUAUAGAGUUGUGGCCCUUCAACGUAGGAGACACAAAAUGUGCUAAACCUGGUAGGUGACAUGUAUUGUCUUAGCACUGCAGUCCUCUCAGAAUGCUUGUUCCAAAAUGCACAUAAAUCAUCACUAACCCUGGAAACCAUAUUUGUUCAUCUAAUUAUGUCAUAUUAAUAAUAACUUUAAAAGCCCCACAAUGUUUAGCUUUCAGACUGGUAUUUGCAUAUUUGGUAAUAAACAUUUUAUUUAAGUUAAAAAUUAGUAGGGGUUUGUUUAUGCAGAGAUGUAAAAACCUUUAGCUAUUAUGAGAUUUUAGUCCCUCCUGAACACAGUUUAAGUACUUGUUCUUUGAAGCCACAUUUACAGGAACUCUUAGCCUAGUUUCCAAAAAUCUAAUGGAUGCAGAUCACUGCAGCUGACCCAUGCACUCUGGCACAUCUGCAAGUUGAACAGGUUUUAAUUACCCCAAUCUGUCGCAGACCAGCUGCAACCAGUUUUGUUCUCAGUAUAAUGUUCCUUUGGUCUGCCUCAGUCUGAACAGGUUACCGGUUUUUAGGAAACUUAGUUUUUAAUAAUUUUGGUCCAGAAUCAUUUUCAUCUCAUCUCUGAUUUAUAAAUACUGUUGACGAGAAAGCACUGAGCAGUCACUGUCUUCUGUGUAAUCUUUCACUGGUUUGAAGCACCCACAAUAUUCAUGGAUGUGUUCUUACAACAUGGUAUUUGUUUGGUCUGGAUAUUUUACACUUCAUGGUAUUAUGAACUAUUCUGUGUGUUAACUACAGUUAAAUAUUCAAUAAUGAUGAGUAUGUAUAAAUACAUUAACAUGCUGAAUUCAUGUUACUAUGUAUUCUAGUGAUAAUUAUGUGAUAUUUUAGAUCUGAAUUUAAGGUACAUUUGUAAAGAGAAAUAUAUCCAGAUGAGGUGGGCUAACUUCAUCAUGGAGUUAACAUAUUGUGUAUUAUUAAAAACAAUUUUUAGUUAUUUGUA